AACAGGGGCCGAGAGAGAGACAGAGAGAGAGAGACAGGGCAGAGAGAGAGGGGGAUACAGGGCAGAGAGAGGUGGUGGGAGACGGGGACAGAAAGAGAUGGCCACUGAAGCUGACCUCUCUGCCUGGAACCUGAGCACCAUCUCCAGCACCAACCAGACGGUGAGUGAGCGGGUGGCACCGGCCUCGCUAGAGGAGUUGGCAGUGACCUGCUCCAUCGGUACCAUCCUGUCGUUGAUGUUUCUGACCGGGGUGGCGGGCAAUAUCUACACGCUGGUACUGAUGUGCCAGUCCAUGCGCCCGGCUGCCUCCAUGUACAUCUACAUCAUGAGCCUGGCGCUGGCGGACCUGCUCUACCUCUCCACCAUCCCCUUCAUCGUCUGCACCUACUUCGCCAAGCGCUGGUACUUCGGGGACCUGGGCUGCCGGCUGCUGUUCAGCGUGGACUUCCUCACCAUGCACGCCAGCAUCUUCACCCUGACCGUGAUGAGCACCGAGCGCUACCUGGCCGUGGUCAAGCCUUUGGACACGGUGAAGAGGUCGAAAAGUUACCGGAAGGCGAUCGCGGCGGUGAUCUGGCUGGCUUCGUUGCUGCUCGCCCUCCCCAUGCUGCUCAUCAUCAGGUUAAUGCGGAUCCGGGACAAGAGUAUCUGUGCGCCCACUUGGAGCCUGCACUUCUUCCGAAUCUACAUGACCGUGCUGUUCACCACCAGCAUCCUAGCCCCUGGGAUAAUCAUUGGCUAUUUGUACAUUCGCUUGGCCCGGACCUACUGGGUCUCCCAGCUCACCACCUUCAACGACAAGCAGACCAAGCGCUCGCCCAACCAGAAGGUUCUGUACAUGAUCUUCGCCAUCGUCCUGGUGUUCUGGGCUUGUUUCCUGCCUUUCUGGGUCUGGCAGAUGAUCGAGUACUAUCAGUCCCCCCUGCCCCUGUCCCAGAAGACCCGGGGUCACAUCAACUACCUGAUGACCUGCCUGACCUACAGCAACAGCUGCAUUAACCCUUUCCUGUACACCCUGCUCACCAAGAACUAUAAGGAGUACCUCGGCAAUCAGCACCGGAGCAUGAGUAACAGCAGCUCGUUCCACGGCCGGAACCCCCGCUUCCAGCGCUCCUGCCGCCGCUCGCUGUCCUCCAGCAGCCAGCAAUACACCGAGUCUAUGACCCUCAGUCAGAUCUCCGGCUCAAACAUCAGCACCAUCUCGAGAAAAUGAGACACCAUCUUUUGCCAAGGAGAAGGAAAUUUGCUUUCUAAGGAGCCACAAUAUCACCUGUUGAAACUUAAUCACUGCUACCUUCUGUCUGAAUCCAAGGUCCAAGCACUUAUAAUGAAGGAAAGUGCAAUCAUGAGGAUGACACACGGAAGUAUUUAUUUUAAAACAAAACUAAAUCGUUUGGCUUCAGAUAAAGCAAAGCAAGCAGAAGAGAAAUGUUUCAAUACUCAAAGCUGCCAUUUUGUAAAUCUACAAACUGACAUUUCCUUAUUGAACAGUUUUCUUAUGAUCAUCCUUAAAGAAAUCUGCUUUUCAUGUCUAAAGGGAAAAAGAAACAGAUUAGAUUCAAGUUGCUGGUGUGAAUGCAAAAAGCGAGAUUGUCUAUUAUUGCAUAAUGUUUACAGAAUUGCUUUGUCUACAGGAGAACUGCAGUCGGGCAGAAAUUGGUUUGGCCUAGUUUUUGGGCACCAGAUAUGUACAGGGAAUGAUCUUUGCACUUGACAGCGAAUGUCCAUGGAUCUACAGAUGUUGGCCCUUGAGCUUCCUUGUAAUAAAAGCUCUGAGCUAUGAGGGCAUCUGUCAGGCACACUCUGCAAGUUGAUAAUCAAGGCCAUCACAAUAUGGUCAGUUCAGAUGGUAAGUUAACUUGCAGAUAAAUCCAAGAGUUUUGUUCAGUUGACAAACAUUAAGAGGCAGACAUGUGCAGACACAAAGCACAGGAUCAGAAAUAACAUUCCCCUGGUUGUAAAUCAAGGUAAAUAAAACUAAAAAUGAAAUCACAAUUUGGGUUACUGUGGAGGUGGAAAACUCACCUGAGUUUGCGCUGCAUGCACAAAUAUUGCAGAGAUAUCCUGAGAUAAGUUGCAGCAUUAAAAUGACAGAAUUUGAAUAAUGGUCAUAGACUUAUGGCUCUGUGAGGAAAGCUAUAUUUUUGAUUAAAAUGCUAAGCCUUCUGGAGUAGUUUUUGUUGGUAGGUACGUGUGAAAAUUCAAUAGCUUUCAUAUUCCUUUUCAGCCUCAGUGACAUUUUCUCAUUCACAGACACCAGGCAUAUGAUUCCGUGCACCUCAAAGCACCUUCAAGAACUUCACCAACAUCUAUAGUUGCUGACAUUUUGGCCUCCUUCCUAAAGUCAUAGCUUUCCUUUCUACUCUCAGGUAUGAUAAUUUGUUUCCCAAUUCUGAGUUGUGAUCUCUGUCUCUCCCUUGGGCCUCAACUGGAACUACAACCUAGUUAUCAACAGAUCCCAAGAUCCUUCACAGACUUCCAUAUCCCUCCUUGAAACUUGUCCAAUUCAGACCCUGAAACUCUAAAUUUCUCCAAAACACUAGUAUUUUCUCCAGAACUUGCAAACUGCUUCUGCCCUUUCAGUGUUCACAUACUUACAUAGCUCACUGCCUCAAAAUGAAUGCCCGAAUGCCCAGUCAUCGGAUCCUUUCCGAGAACCAUCAAAUCCCGUUUUAUUCAGACCCACUUCCCACUCUCAUUUACCUGAAACUCCUUUGUGUGUUCCACCAGUUGCCAGAUGAACUUUACCUUCUUACUCUGCAUCUUUAAAAAGCUAAGCGUCAACAACUUAUUACAUUAAUCAAGGUAUCCAUGUCAAAGUGAUGCAGAUACUGAGAAAAAUAUAAUGAAGAUUAAGGACAAAGAUACUCAAAGUGAAGAAUGGGAGACAGACUGGGAGAGAUCCAUGACAACUAUAGAAAGGGAAAUUGAGAAAGAAAUAUAAAGCAAAAGCAGAUAAUGGAAUUGUAAAAUAUAUCAGAAUUUAUGUGAGACAGUUGAGACUGACUGCAUUGACUGACAUGUUUUCUCCAUCUGGAAUGUGACAUAUAAUCUCAAACAUAUAUUUCACAGGCCCUUGUCAUUUAUUUGUUUUCAGGAAAUUAAAUUUAAGGAUGUUUACAUGGGUCACAAUUCAUUACAUGUUCUGUCUCAGCCAAUGCGCAAGGAAAAAAUAAAACUUUAAUUCACAUUAACCCAGAUCCUGUGAUGUCUCUACACAGUAACAAUUUCACAAGGGAUGUAAUUGAUAAAAUUACCUUAUUUAUAAAAUGGUAAUCAAGCAGUAUAUGUCUUGCACUUUGUAAAGUUUUGUAUGUCUCAAUGCACAGACAUGUAUAUGGGAAAUACUAUUGCAUGAAGUCAUUGCCUUAUGCAUGUUUGGAGUAUUCUUACCACACUGAGGCAGAAAGAUAAGAGCAAAUUUAUAAUUUAAUGUAGAGUAAUCAGAACAAAGGCAACAUUUCAAAGAAAGCAAAGCAAAUAAUAUUUCUGUCUGUGUUUGAUUAUUUUGCUGUAAACUUUAUUUUAGUAACGUUUUCCUUUAAUAUUCUUAACAAUGUUAUAAAGGCAUCUUGCUGUAACAUUUAAUGUGGCUUUUUAAGCCUCAGUUAGUAUAUUUGGUAUUAUUUUCUGUCAAAAAAUGUCAUUAAUUGCAUCUUAUAUGAUUUCAACACAAAUGUUUACUAAUCUAUUCCAACCUACUGGUACAUCAUCUUUGAAUUUACAAAGAAUCAUUAACAAAAACAUGCAACAUUUUAGAUUCCCUAUUUGUGCUAGCUCUAGCAUCAAGUUUUCUGCACUUAACAUAUUUCUUCCAUACUUCUUUAUUUUCCAAGUGUUGACACAAUCUAGUGUUAAAUGCACUGAUUGAAAUAGUAUCAGUGGCCAAUUGUGGUAGAGAAUCCUUAUCCAAAAAAAGCCUUUUGGGGAUUCUUCAGUUUAUUCUUCCCUGUCAGCUAUUCACUAGCCAAUGAAAAUAUAGCCUUUCCUGUCCUACUCCCCUGAAGUGUUUCUUCUUCUAUCAAUGAUCCUAUUAAUAAAGUCACCAUAGUCCCAGAGGACCAUAGGUCUGCUCUCUUGUUACAGAGAGCCAACUCCUGGUGGUUUACUCUGAAGGUUACCAUGUCUCAAGUGAGCUGAGAUGUUGAGAAGGAAGGAUUGUUGGAUUAAAUUUUUGUAAUGUAGUUCAGACUUAGAGCAGUGGAAUUCAAGUAGGUAACGUUAUUUUGCCAAAAGCAUGUCUUUCCUGCUUAUUAAAUACGCAUGUGGCCUAACCAUCAAUUUCAAUUUCACUUGAAGAGCACUAAUGUUUAUACUUUCAAGUACAUGUGGAUGUUAUGAUCAGGUGAGGAGGGGUGAAUCAGCUCCAUUCUUUUCAAACUCCCUGAUUAGUUGCAACAAAGAUUUAUGAACUUUUUAACACAAGACUAUGUAUCUCUCCAGUUAUAGUGUUGUUAACUAAUUUCUACCGUAUCAGCAAGGAGCCAAUCUCAAGUUUCUUAAGUGAAAGAAAGCAAUUUUAUUACCUGGUAAUCCUGAUAAAAAGAAAAAGCAAUCAAGCAUAGAUACACAGGUACAAAGUGGUAAUCUCCACUACAAGAGAAACAUGGAAGAAAUAUUAAAGGUUUAAAGGUGUAAGGCUUUAACCUGAGACCAUGAUUGACUAGUUUUCAAAUGAGAUUGUCUGGUAGUAGAGAUUAUUUGCUCUUUGAAUUCAUGCUGUUUUGAUAUUUCUUUUUAAUUGUUACUUUGUUGUGGCAUACCUUUUCCUCCUUGAAACAUAGAGAGAGAGAAUUCUCCAACUUCUCAGUUUGACAUUAUUAGAUUCUUUGUACUCUGUAUUACAAGCUUCUUGAAAUUUAGACUUGUUAGUGUAUUUCCAUGUCUGAGUUCAUUGUCUCCAAGGUUGAUAAUUCCAGGCAUUGCUUUCAUCAUGCCCAUGUGAACAUAACCAUAAUGGUGUAAAACAAAAAUUGUAGAUGAGGUUGACCCUUUUGCAAGAGAGAUUGACUGGCUGACUUGACUGCUUGUGGUCAAAUGAUGACUGUGACCAUUUUAAUUCAGUCUUUUUGAUCCUUUUUUUAAAACCUUUUCAGUCCAUGAUGAUCGCAGUGUUAAAUCAAUCAAUUAGAAAAUCAAUAGCCCUAUUUUAAGUUAUCUUGGCAGGGAUUACAAUAUGCUAAGACCGUAGUGAAUCGGAGCAGGCAUGGACAAAUUCGCUCUUUGAGACUGCUGUACGAUUCAGUGAGAUCAUGACAGUUAUGUCAUUGAUAAAGAAAACGGAAGUAAUUAAAUUUUACUUAAAGAUUAUUAUAACUGUUGCUGAUAGCUUUACUGAGUAAGUUGUUCACAUCAAGACCAGUUGUCAACGCUUUUGACUUCAGGUCAAGUUCACUUCCAGUAAAACUCAGAGGCAAUUAAAAUAAAACUACCUGCCUUGAACAACUGCUGUUUAAUUAAUAUAAUUAGUUUUAUGCUAGAAACAGAUUAAGACUUGGCGGAUACUGUCUCCAUGGUGUAAUGCAAUUCAUAUAAAAUUCUUAUUAUAUGCUGUAAGUAACAAUGUUUACAUUUGCAUACAAAUUCACAAUAUACACCAUUCCUGCAAUUGGAUAUUUGAAUAUAACAAUAGUGUAUAUAUAUAUAGCAGCUUGGUUUUAUAGUUUAUGAUCCAGAACAUAGUAGCGUUAAUUAAAUAAUGAAACUAAAAAAUGAAAUCACUUAUUAAAAUAUACAUUGUAUAAAAAUACUUUUAAUAUCAAUGCAGUCCAAAUAACAAAAGCAGUUGCUUAUAUUUAUGUUGCAAAUUAAAAAAUAUCAUGAUAUGACUGACACAACUUACUGACUUUAUUUGGACAAAACUCUCAGUGUUGGGAGUGAUUUUCUUAGCUGCUGUUUAUCUUGAUUGUCACAAUGCUUACGGUUGUGAAUAUAAAAACAUUUAAUAAGUGGGAGAUAUCACGGCAAAAUUAACACAUGCAGAAAUAUAAAGGAAAAUGUCAAUGUUGAACCUGGAUGAUGAAAGGGUUAAUGCUGCCCAUUUAUUUUGAAUAACAGCAUGAAGAUAGAAUUUAAAUUUUACACAAAAUGUUUUAAAAGUUAACAAAUUGAAACAAAUGUUUUUAUGUGGGCCUGGAUAAAAUGGGAUCUGAUGGGAAAUGUGUGACCUAGUAAUAUCGGGAUGACUGUAACACAUUGUUGCAAUAUUUGAACUUAGGAAGCACAUUGAUUAUUUCUAAGAGAGAAGUUAUUUUUCAUCGUGCCAUUUCCAGUUUCACUGAAGAACGCACAGGUAUGUGCUGUGACAAUUCCUGUCCCCAGGGAAUCAAUACUAAAAGUGGUGAUAAAAGAACAAAUUUCCAUCCCCAGUGUCUACAAAAAUAAUCAAAAAUAUCAAAACCAUUCUUUUGAAAGAAAAUCUCAUCUUCGUUAAAAAGAACCAUAGCUCAUAGCCUUGUAUAUCUUGCAUAUUCUUAUGCUCACAGGAUAUUUAUUAUACUCACUUGCUUGGACUGGGAAUUCACGAAGUAGGUCACCAACUGUAAUAGAUUAAUUCCAAGCUGAGUUACUAGUUGAUUUCUGAUGUUUUCUAUGACCAUGGGAUAAGAUAUAAGAAGUAGUGAUUGAAACAACCUUUAUAGAGAGCAGGAAUUGGAUCGGAGAGCAUUGGCAUAAUAAUGCCUGGCGGUGACAAGAGCAGAGACUAAAGUUCCAGUAGGAUAUAGGCAAUGUUACAAAGAUGAUUAUGACUGAUUUUUUAAUGAUAAUUUUCAAAAAUCUUUUGGACCAGUUCUUCAAGCCCUCUUUACUGAAUGAGAUUUUCCUUUGCCUUCUUAUUUAUUUUAAAUAAACAUGUCACUUUUUCUGCUUAUGUUCACAAUCAAGGUCACUAGCUCAACUGGUGAAGAUAAAAAAAAACUGUAAACCACAUGUUUCUUUAAUAGGAGAAUAAUUUCUCAGCAUUAGCCCAUGAGAUUCAUCAGACAUUACUAUAUCAGUGUUCUUCAAGCCAAUCUCUCCUCUUCUUCCCUCUGUAAAACUUCAACAGCUUUUUAUUAUCCCGUCUUAAAUCUUGCUCACUCAUCAUUCCAAUGUUGGAAGUUUAUAUUGGCUCCCACAAACUUCAAAUUUAAAAAUCACAUCCCAAUAACUGAUUUGCUUUAUAUCCUGUGCUCUCCCUAUUGUAACCUCAUGAAUGCAGUCCAGUCCAGUAUGCAAAUGAGCCUUCCAUCCACUCCAUCUACAUUUCCCACUGCCUCUAAGAGCACUGCCUCGGGAAAGCAACCAACAUAAUCAAAACCCCCUCCCACCUGGCUAUACACUUCCUCCCUCUUCUGUCAGGCAGAAGAUAUAAAAGUUUGAAUACACGUUUGAAAGAUUCAAGAACAGCUGCUUCACUGCUGUCAUCAGACAUUUUAAGGGUCCUCUCAAACUUUAAUUCUUUUCUAUACCUUCUCUGCUCCUGUAACACUGUUUUCUGUGUUCUUUUCUGCUACCCUAAUGCAUGUUGUAUGCUACAAUCUGCUUGGUAUAGCAUGCAAAACAAACAUUUUCACUAUAUCUUGCUACAUGCGACGACAAUAAAUCAAACUCAGUCUCAUCAUCCUUACUAAUAGAUCCCCAAGCUGGUGUGAUGUGCCUGUCCUUAUCAUAUCAUUGGUGAUUAUUCUGGGUUUCUGAAGUCAAAGGGUACAAUAAAUGAACAAGGGAACCACUGUGGAAUUUAUUCAGCUACCUGCCUUGCCCCACUUCCCACAAAGUCCAAGCCAUAAAUUAUGUAUAUCUUUGUACAGUGUUCUCAAGGAGCAACAGGGCUGAUUCCAAGUAUUAAAAGGGUAACCUGUAAAGAAAACGUAGAAUAGUUCAUACUCUUCUGUUUUACAAAAAGGUAAUUUUAAAAGAAAUUUAAGCAACAUAUAUGUAAAAGAUUAAAUAGUAGAUAAAAAACUCCUUGAUAUUUCAAACUGCUCAGGAAAGUAAGACUACAUAAGACAAACUUAGGUGUAAAAAGUUAUUUAAAGGAAAGGAACAUGUCGUUACAAAGAAUGUUAAAAUAUUUGAAACAAUUUUAUAAGGAGACAUUCAGUAUGUAAAAAUUAUUCAAAUAUAUGUUAUAAUAAGGGAGCAUUUGUUACACAUGAAUGCAAUUUGUUAGAUCAAACAUUAUUUAGAGGAUGUUUCUUUCCAUUUUAUGUAAAACUACUUUCGUAGAUACUUAGAGAAUGGAAUUGUGGAUUGCAAAUCUAGUUUAAUUUUGUCAAUAAUUCAUGAAAUUAAUAUAUAAAUUAAGUUUGUGUGUCGGCUUAGGUGAUUUUGUAAGCCCCCAUCGAGACCACAAACCUCCUCCCGCUGUGCCCAGGAGGCCAUCUCACAUCACUUCAUCUUGUGGGGAAUCUUUUGAAAGGUGAUUGGAAAAACAGAGACUCAGACAACUUGGCAACAGGCCCAGCUAGUCCACGCUGACUAUGUUCCCAAAUUAAACUAGUCCUACUUGCAUGCAUUUGGACAAUAUCUCUCCAAACCUUUUCCAUUCUUGCACUUAACCAAAUAUCUUUUAAAGGUUAUAUUUGUACCUGCAUUCACCACUUAACCAGCAGUUUAUUCCACACAUGAACCACUCUCUGUGUAAAAAUAUUGUACCUCAUGUUCAAGCAACUGGCUGGAUCUCUGGCGUAUUUUAUAAACUUAAGUCACAGUGUGUUUUCAACAUAAUGAAAAUGUAGAGUGUCCCAUUCAUACUCUCCCAAUAUUACAUUACCCAUAUUUACAUACAUGGAAACAAGUAAGCAGUGCUGUCUUUUAGCAUGCAGAGUUGCCAACUAGAUAUUCCACUAAGACACACAAUACAGUAUAACCACAAACUUAAAAAUGGAAGACUACUAAACCUUUUAAACAGAUGUACAUUCCUUUAGACAUCAGAUAUAGGUGUAAACAGGCCAUUUUAAGCAAGAUAAAUGAAGAGCGAAACUCGCUGAAACCUCUAAUUAUAAGGCUGUAGACAUAGGUUAAUAAAGGAAGACUAUCUGGAGAAUAUUAGUGAUGAAUUUAUCCCUUUUAUAAAGAAAAUGUGAAAUUUGUUUGAAUGUUUACUCAAAGUAAAACACACGGUGAUGCAUUUGCAAUGUAUCUGUACAGAACUGUGUGGUGCAAUAUGAUGCAUUUUGCUGAACAUAGAAUCUAGAACUUUCCAUCAGUUACUGUGUCUAUGUUGACGAUAAAUAUUUGCAAAAUUCACAGUCGACACUUUAAAGUGAACUGUACAAUCUGUUUAUUAGAUAGGAGUUAUACUAUACAUACACAUUUCAUUCAAUAUUUCUUGUAGUUUAAACCUCAUUACCCAGAAUGAAUUUCUUAUUAAAACAUUAAAAGGCAAACAUUCAACAUAGGUUUCCUGCAGCUUUAUGUAAUUUUCCUGUGAAGAGGCUAAUAUUAUUUGACAGUUGUAAAACUAAAAGUUGUUGUGCUAUAACAUAGGUUUUCUUGUAUUCAGGCAUUUCAGUUCUGGCAGUUUUAAAUGCACUUGUAGGAGGGAAAAUGUCUCUGUUAUUUGCAAUACAGGUUUGAAAAUAUAUCUAAUUUACAUGUUUAUGAUUUUGUUGCAUUAGCAAAUUGGUUUUCUGUCCAUUCCAAGAGCCGACU